UGAUAAGGGUUUUUCCUCACUUACACUCAACGAGUCACACAGUAUAGAACGAUCUGGAAAAUUUACAAUCAAUUCGAAACUUUCCAAACUCUGAACUGAAAAAAACCUGAGAUCAUGCCACAGCGACGAAGCGCUCGCAUAAGGGAUCAGCGUGCUGAUGAUACUCGCACCCGUACCGCUGCACAGCGUCCUUCUACCCGUCGUGCUACCCGUGCUGCGCGCUCUGCCCGUGCUGCUGCACAGCGUGCUGCCCCUGAAGUUCUACAAAUACUUCGAAGAGAGACUGCAUUCAAUACUGACGUGCAAAAUAUCGCCACAGUUUCACAGACUCUACCCCAGGGCAGGCGAAGUAGUAGGACACAGAACGGGGCACAGGGUCAGGAGCAACAGCCCCUAUCCAGGUCUAGUUUUCCUGCCAGCGGAAUCCGUCUUAGCCGCGAAAUGACCGAAAUGAUGCUCAAUCCAGCGGACGGUUGCCAGGUGGAGUUCGUUGGGGACAAUACUCACCACUGGUUGGCCACCAUUCUUGGCCCUUCUGACACGCCCUAUGAGGGAGGACACUUUCACUUGGACUUAUUAUUCCCAGAGAACUACCCGCUUGCCCCGCCUGAUGUAAAAUUUCUAACUCCAAUUUACCACUGCAACGUCUGUGGUGACGGCUAUCUAUGCCUGGAUAUACUAUCGGAUAAUUGGACGCCGGUCCUCACAGUGGAAAAAGUGCUCCUAUCGAUCAGGUCGCUGCUAGCCGAUCCCAACCCUGACGACCCCUUAGCUAUAUCCGUGGCCAACAUGUACAAGGCGGACCGAGCGCAACACGACCAAAUCGCCAGGGAGUGGACCACACGUUACGCCACUCCCGAGGCAUUUUAAAUUUCGCAAGUUUGAUUAAUAUAUAGGUUACAUAGUAUUUCGUAAUUAAGAUUAUACGGUUCGCAUUAACGGCUCCAACACAAAACGUGACUCUCUUUAUUCGACGAUCUACCGAAAGAGCGUGUUAUCGAGAGUGCAGCGCUGCGUCUUUGGCUUAUGUCCCUCACCUAUCAGUGUACAUACUUUGCCAUCAGCUGGGCUCUGCUAUUCCC